UAACUACAAUAGCGUUCAAAUAGUUUGCCAUGUCCACGAUUAAAAAACAAACGGCUAUGCCUCGUCGAACGGAAGAGUUCGAUUUUUCGGCUCCGCAAUCGUCUGUGAAAAAAACCCAACGACAAAGCCGCAUUGCACAGCCGCUUCGUAAGUUGUCCAAGCCAAGUCUAGGUCCGCUCAUUUCUGGUGAAAAUGCUCGUCCAUCUUCAGAUCGGCAGAAUAUUUUCGUUCAACAGACUCCAGCUAUUGGUGGUAAAACAAGAAAUCCCAUUUCAACCCCUGCCUUCCGUACUCCUUUGAGAAGCAGUGAAAAUUCAACGGCAGUUCCAUCUACUGCCGAACAAAACAAAAUGCUUACCGAAAAUCGUGACUACAUGGCUGCUCAAAGCGAACGAAUUUGUGACUAUUUGGAAACUAUUUCUGAUCUACCACAGGAUUUCGUAGAACGGCGUAACCUGAAGGCUAUGUCAACAAAACAAUUCUUAGUAAUAAUGGCCCAUCUGUUUCGGCAAAUCGGAGGAAGCAGGUACAAACUAGGAACCAAUUUUCUGGAUGAUAUAAUGAAGACGAUGUCCGAAUUGGAAUACCCUUUUACAAUAAACAAAUCAAUGUUGAAGACACCGAAUGUUCCACACUCAAUUUCGCAUAUUAUCAUUAUGAUUGGCUGGUUGGUUCAAUUAGUACCGAAAACAAAUCAAAGCUUGGAGCCGCUAAAGCAAGAUGUGACCCUAUCUGAAGAGUUUCCUAGCCCUAAUUAUCAGGCGUUGUUUUAUAAAAGAGCUGAAGAAGGGUUUAGUCUGUGGAACCUCAAAAAAGAAGUGGAGUUCGAAGCAAUAGUCGAGAAUCUAACUGAUGAAUUAGUAAUGGCUCGUACUAACGGUUUAAAUCAACAGCAAGUCUCGGUCAAAGUUCUUCAACUGGAAAAGGAAUUACAAGACAUCAAUAACCGUUCGAUUCAGCAGGGUCGCGAUCAGAGCAUGGAUGGUUUGGCGGAGGCUAUUCAACAACAACAGCAACUAAAGAAAAAGCUUUCAACAGAGUUGAAAUCCCUGCAGAAAGAAGCUAGCAAGACAGAAGAGAAGUUCUAUCAAGAUCAAGAAGACUUUUACGAUUUAAUGAAAAAAAUGGAUCAACUAAAACUGGACAUCAAAUCACAGCAGCUAAGUGCUGAAGAACGGGAUGAACUUAUAGCUUCGAUAGCUGCUAAUAAAAGCUUGCUGAAUGCCAAACGUCUCGCGGUAACCACUUUGGAACACACAUACUUUGAACAUCAGAUUGUGGUCUCGAGACUAAUCAAGCAAAAGUUUACAUUAAUCUCGAAUUUGAAUACUCGGUUGCACCAGUUCGCGGAUUCUUCAAAAUCAAUGAUAGAUUUUACUCCGCCGACUUUAGACAUUAAGACUGAAAACUACGUUGAACUUCUACAGGAUUUGCAAAGUAUUAAAUCACAAAUCGAAAGCGUACUUAAACAGCAAUCGGUGAUUUAUGGUCAACUCAACGAGCAACGAAUGCGCCUUGAACAGCACUUGUCGGAUCAGCAAAUUCAAUACAACGCUGUUGAGAAAUCUCUUGAGGAAAUAAAUGCUCGCUAUGAACAGCUUCAACAGCAGAGGAACGACAUUGUGGGUCAAUUGAGUAGCACGUCGGCGGAAAAUUGCCAAACAGCACACCGGAAGGAAGCGGAACGAGCUGAGAUGGAUAAAAGGAUAGCCGAACUCCAGCAGCAGUGCGAACAGAAUCGAAGAGCGAUCGAAAAGUUAAACCACGACAAACAAAAGUUAAUGGUCGAAAAGCAGGAACAGUGUCAUGAAAUUCUGGCCGAGAAAAAGCGACUGCAACAGGAGAUGACGGAGUUGGUGGAAAAAAUGGAGGCCGAAGUAGCUGGUAUGGAGCGUGAACUAGAGGAAACCGACAAAAACGGCCGAUGAGUGAUUGUAUAAUACAUUUGUAAUUAUACAUUUGUUUAUCAUUUUCCAAAAUAUUUAUGUUGUCUAAAUGGUAUAAUUUUAACAAUUUUGCUUUCAAAAUCGUUUGUUAAAACAGUACGUUUGUUAAAAAAAAGUUAAUUU